GCUCAGUCGCAAGACGUGCUAGCAGCCCUUGUCUCGCCUCUUCUUACUGAUUGUCUUUCAGAAAACAAAAGGCUACUAAUACAAAAACAAAAAGACUUGAAAAAGAAUGCAGGCCAUACAACCACCUUUUAGAAUUGAUCAGCUUACUCCUUGAACACAGCGUGGGCGAGUACUUCUCACUUGUGCAAACCCACCUGUUCUUGGAGAUUAAAAUUGCACUACAAUUUAGGAAUAUAGUAAGGAAGGAAAUUGAAGAGUGGGAAAACGAUGAAAAGCGGGAAAUGAGCGGUGGGAAACGGACUAGAAAUGAAGAACUAUGAAAGGAAAACAAAAUAAAACGUCGUAACGAGUACUUCAUCCAAUUGAUUCUGUGCAAACACGGGAAUCGGCAAAGAGACGGCGCUGGACAUGGCCCGCCGGGGAGCCCGAGUGAUCCUGGCUUGCCGGAACAGGGAGCGUGCUGAAGCAGCGGUCUUCGACAUCAGAACGAAGAGUGGUAACAACCAAGUGACCUUUAUGCAGCUGGAUCUUGCGAGUCUUAAAUCAGUGAGGGCUUUUGCAGAGACCUUCCUGAAGUCCGAGCCCCAGCUGCACGUGCUUAUCAAUAAUGCAGGUGUUGGUUCAGGUAGCAAGACAGUUGAUGGAUACAACACCAUUUUGGGAGUAAACCACUUGGGUCACUUCCUUCUCACUCAUCUUCUCUUGGAUCGACUGAAGCAGAAUGCACCGAGCCGGAUUGUUACUGUUGCUUCUAUGAUGUACCGUUUUGGCAAAAUAGAUUUCAGUAACCUGAAUCCUCCUGGUAACAGCGUCAUCCAGCAGAUACAGAACUACAGCUGCAGCAAGCUGUGCAACAUACUUUUUAUGAGAGAACUUGCCAAUCAUCUGGAGGGAACUAAAGUUACCUGCUACUCUGUUCAUCCAGGUAUGGUGAACACCGAAGUGUUCCGUUAUAUGACAUUCUUGCAGAAAAUAUUUUUUCUUCCUUUUGCUGCCCUUUUCUUUCAAACUCCAUCUGCUGGGGCUCAGACUUCCAUUUACUGUGCUGUGCAAGAAGGUAUUGAGAAGUUCAGCGGCAGGUACUUGGCAGACUGCAAGGUUCAGGAAGUCCUCCCUCAUGCGCGUGAUGAUGCAGUGGCAAGAAAACUCUGGGAAAUUAGUGAAAGGAUGGUUGGACUCCAGAGCCAGUAACCGUGAAAGAAGUUGUCCGAAGAAUGACAGCUUAUGUUUAAAGGGUUGUCACCAUUCUCGUUAAUUUAAAUGUGAAAAACCAAUUAUGCAGACAUACAGUACAGAAGCUUUUUUUCCACUUCUUGUAGAGUCUUCCAAAUUUCUGUGACAAACUAAAAAGACUGGUUAAAGGCGACUAUAACUCUCAAGGCGAUAACUUCUGUUUAAAAGAAACGCUUAUAGACGUCCAGAGAUAAUAAGAACUGCAGAUGCUGGGGAAUCCGAGAUAACAAAGUGUGGAGCUGGAUGAACACAGCAGGCCAAGCAGCAUCUUAGGAGCACAAAAGCUGACGUUUCGGGCCUAGACCCUUCUUCAGAGAGGGGGAUGGGGAGAAGAAGGGUCUAGGCCCAAAAUGUCAGCUUUCCUGCUCCUGAGAUGCUGCUUGUCCUUCUUAUAGAUGUCCACUUCUCUUUUGUUUAAAAAGUACCAUUUGCAACAAAAGACUUUCUAACAAACCAAAUAGAAAAACUUACAUUUUUGCUUACCUUCAACUCAUUAUUCAAUAUAGGAAGGUGGUGUUAUUUCACUUUGUAUUCAGUUUCUCACUAGUGUUUUACAGACGGAGAUCAAUAAAAUUAUCGCCAUAAA